GAUGGAAAAUGUGGUUUUCAUAUUUUGCUUCACACAAAGGGAAGCUCCCAUCCUCUCUUUGCGGUCAAUUCCUUAAAGGGAUGGACUCUUUUGAGUGACAUACUUUUUUCUGUAUCUUAUGUUUAUCUCUAACAAAACCCUCUUAUGUUGUCUAAUAAAACCCCUCAUCUUGUAGGUGUUCUUGGAGCUUGUGUGCUUUAUUAUUGUUAAACAUUUUCAUUUUGUUUCAAACUUUAAGGUCGUAAUAAGAAAGGGAAAAGAUGGUGGGGUAUGGUAAUGAAGAACAAGUUCUUGGAGGAGUAGGAAGUGAAGAUCUCUCCCUUUCUUACCCUGACCCUAUUGUCUUAGAGCUCAACCGAUUACAGAACCUUCUCAAAGAGAAAGGAAGAGAGCUGGGGGCUGCACAAGGAGAAAUUAAGGCUUUGAGGGCAACUGAAGCUUUGAAGGAUAAGGCUAUCGAAGAGUUCAGGAAUGGAGUUGGUAAACUGGAAGAAAAACUUGGUGUCAUGGAAAAUCUUGUAGAGAGCAAGAAUCUUGAAAUCAAGAAGAUAACAGAUGAAAAGAAAGAUGCAUUAGCAGCACAGUAUGCUGCGGAAGCAACUCUUAGAAGGGUCCAUGCAAAUCAGAAGGAUGAUGAUUCUCCUCCUAUUGAGUCGGUCAUUGCUCCUCUUGAGGCAGAGAUUAAAAUGUAUAAAAAUGAGAUUGCAGCACUACAGGAGGAUAAGAAGGCAAUGGAGCGUCUUACCAAGUCAAAAGAAUCAGCUCUGCUUGAAGCAGAGGGAAUCUUGCGAAGUGCUCUAGAAAGGGCUUUAAUAGUCGAGGAGGUUCAGAACCAAAACUAUGAGUUGAAGAGACAGAUUGAAAUCUGCCAGGAGGAGAACAGAAUUCUAGAGAAGACGAAUCGCCAAAAAGUGUUGGAGGUUGAAAAGCUUAGCCAGACCAUUCAUGAACUUGAGGAGGCAAUUCUAGCUGCUGGAGCUGCGGCCAAUACUAUCCGUGACUAUCGGAGACAGAUUUCUGAACUAAAUGAGGAGAAGAGGAUUCUGGAGAGGGAGCUAGCCAGAGCCAGAGUUUCAGCAAACCGAGUUGCAACUGUGGUGGCUAACGAGUGGAAGGAUGAAAAUGACAAGGUCAUGCCUGUCAAGCAAUGGCUUGAAGAGAGAAGGCUGCUGCAGGCGGAGAUGCAAAGAUUAAAAGAUAAGCUAGCUAUAUCAGAGAGAACAGCUAAUGCAGAAGCACAGCUGAAGGAAAAAUUGAAGCUGAGGCUAAAGACAUUGGAAGAGGGCUUACAGCAUGUACAGAGUUUCUCUGUGAACCCUAAUGCAUCCUGUGGAUCCCCUAAACCAGGAAAAACCAGUAACAUAUUAGGAUUUUUAACAAGCAAUGGAGGAAUAAGAAAGAGGUCUGCAUCACAGCCAAGGGGUUCCACCAUCAGUAUAAGCUCUCCUUUCCAGCAGCCAAAUAUUGAAAUUGAAAAUGCCAACGCUGCUGGAAUCCAAAAUCGAGCCGAUAGCUUCAAGAAGAAGAGUGGUUCUGGAGAAAACCCGUUGAGGAAAGGCAUGUGGGUGUCUAGAAGUAAAGUUGUUGAUAGCGGAGGAAAGGAAAAUGCAGAAGUGAAGACAAACACAGAUUCGUAUAUCGACAAACACAAGAACAAUGAUACAACAAGUUCAGCAGAAACGAAGAACAAAGUUGUUGGAAAUGAAGAUUUGCAAAACAAGGGAGGUACCAUUUCUUCGAGCGAGGAUGUUGUUUCAGGAUUCCUAUAUGAUAGACUUCAAAAAGAGGUCAUAAAUCUAAGAAAAUAUUGUGAGACUAAAGAAAGUAGUUUGAAUGCUAAAGAUCAAGAAAUUCAGAUGCUCAUGAAGAAGGUUGAUGCCCUAACAAAAUCCAUUGAAGUAGAGUCCAGGAAAGUGAAGAGAGAAGCGGCUGCUAGAGAAAAAGAAGCUGUAUCAGCAAAACCAAAUAAACCAAAAAGAUUUGGAGUAUAAACUUCUCAAAAAGGGAAACCGAGCAUCUUGAAGACUGCUUGGAUUGGAUAUAGCUGAAGGCUACCUACCUGAAAUUCAUUUUAUUCUUCAUCCAUGCCUUAUGAUUCUUCGUUGUAAAUACGGACUGUUUUACUGAUUCUAGCUAGUUGAAAUAAAGUUCUGAGUCAAUGGACAGAGGAGUUCUGAAAUGUAACAUCCUAGGAUAGAGCUGAAAGUUGUGUUCAUUGUUGCUUGAGAUUACCUGAAUGCUUUUGGUUUUGUGUA